CCUCCCCCCACCCUCCCCCGUCCCCUUCCCCAUCACUCUCGCCGCCAUUCCCCUUGGCCUGCUGCUGCUGCUGCUGCUGGUGCUGCUGCUGGUGGUGGUGGUUCCCCAAAUCCAAGCCUCCGACUCGGCCGCCCGUCCGAGCUCCUCUCCAGCCGGCCUUCCGCGCCGUCGUGGUCCCCCUUGCGCGCAAAUAGCCAUGGAUGAGAUCCCUGCCACCGCCGCCGUCCUCGACUUCCGACCCGGUUCAUCUCUCCCACGCGACUCCGCCGUUCCGCGCCGUGACACCGCUUGGUCUGCUCUGGACGCAGGCGGUGCAGAGGAGGCGGCGGGAGUUCCGGGUUUGGAUGACAAAGGCGCCGUUGCAGCGGAGUUGACGGGGUCAAAAUCGGCCGUUUCCGAGAGCCAGGCUGUGAGUGGUGAUAUGUCCGGAGGUCACGCCGGCGGUGAUGCCGGAGGCGUGGAUGUUUUCUGCUCAGAGAAUGGCGCCGAGCUCGAAUCGGCGGAACCGGGUGUUCUGGACGUAAGAUUAGGGGCUCCAGUGGCGGGACGCCAUGGCCGGAAGCUGGAUGGUACGGGUUUUGGCUCUGAUCAAGCUGGUGAAGUGGAGGGGAUUUCACUGGUUGAGGUGUCCCCAUCAGAUGCCAGUUCAAGUUUGGAUGCCACUAGGUCGAUUGGUGGCAACUCCCUCGUGGAGGGGUCUCUGCCAGAGGACAGAGGUGCUCGAGGAUGUGAACAAGAGGUGCAGGACGGACCAAAAGGGACCUCUACUGCUGUGGGCUUCCCCAAUGGGGAUUUGAGUCCUGGAUUUGGAAUUCAGCCGAGUGAUGAUGUGGAUGGUAGAAAUGGCCUUGCCGGAGGGGAAUUAGAUUUGUCUACUGAUGGUGACGAUGCCAAGCAGGCCACAGAGAUGGCUGGUAUCUUGUGUAACGAAAGAGUGGAGGGGAUGGAGACUAAUUUGGGGGAACUUGAGGCCUCAAAUGGUUCCACAGACCGAGUGGACAGGAUGCAGACGAGUUUGGAUGACUCUGAGGCUUCGGACGGCUCCAUCACGCAGGAUUCUGAUACUGACGUCGAGACAGAGUCGAGUGGUUCUAGUAUAGAGGAACAAGACGCAGGAUACGGAGCCCCCAUCCCUCAACUGGAUCAAGCAAUCUGCAAGGUGGCCAGAGAAAACAGCACGUCAGGAACAAAGAGCUCUGAUAGGAUGAUUUCAGUACCCAAAUCAACGCUUGUUCUGGCUUCAGGUGCAGCAAUGCUACCACAUCCUUCAAAGGUAUCUACUGGUGGUGAAGAUGCAUAUUUUAUAGCUUGCGAUGGCUGGUUUGGUGUAGCUGAUGGAGUUGGUCAGUGGUCAUUUGAAGGGAUCAAUGCUGGACUUUAUGCGAGAGAACUGAUGGAUGGUUGCAAAAAGGUUAUAGCAGAAACCCAAGGCGCACCAGGGAUGAGAACUGAGGAGGUUCUUGCAAAGGCUGCAGAUGAAGCACGGUCCCCUGGUUCUUCCACUGUUUUAGUUGCUCACUUUGAUGGCCAGGUCCUACAUGCAUCAAAUAUAGGAGAUUCUGGUUUUCUUGUGAUAAGGAAUGGAGAGGUCCACGAAAAAUCAAAACCAAUGACUUAUGGUUUCAAUUUCCCAUUGCAAAUUGAAAAGGGUGAUGACCCUUUAAAACUUGUACAGAAAUAUGACAUCGAUCUACAAGAAGGUGAUGUGAUUGUAACAGCAACAGAUGGGCUUUUCGACAAUGUGUACGAGGAAGAAGUAGCUGGCACUGUAUCCAAAUCUUUAGAGGCCGAUCUCAAGCCCACGGAGAUCGCCGAGCUCCUGGUUGCUAGAGCAAAGGAGGUGGGGCGGCGUGGAUUUGGAAGUAGCCCAUUUUCGGACGCUGCUCUCGAUGCUGGGUACUUGGGUUACUCCGGAGGCAAGCUGGAUGAUGUAACAGUCGUUGUAUCUAUUGUUCGGAAAUCUGAAGUUUAAACUAUAAAACAAGCACCCGAAAGUUCAGUGCAGCCCGAGUUUUUGCUACAGCUGCACGCGCUAGCAAAUGCCCAUGAGCAUUUUGUGCGCCAUGAGCCACAGACCUGGCUUACGCUAAGCCAAACGUGUAUACAGUUAUACAUAAAAAAAAGAUUGUGUCAGUGUAUCUCUUUAGGCACGGCCCCCGUUCAGUGAAUUUUAUGCAACUUGAUGCCCUUCGGCAGAAGGAAUCCACUCGUGACUUGUAACAUUA